GUAGACUUCCGUAAGCCCCAAAGCCUGGGGACAGCUGCACAUUCACUAAGAGCCGAAAGAAGUGCCUCGGGCCAGGGAAACUUUCCAGCCACGACCCGAGGACAAGGCGACUCUUACACAGCCCUCCCACACUGGGAGACCUCCAGAAAGCGCCUCGCCGUGUCCACCUCCAAACCACCAGUCACGUGCGGUGUCCCAGACCCAGGCUAGAGGUGAGCAUGGCCGAGCAGGAGCCCACAGCUGAGCAGCUGGCCCAGAUCGCAGCCGAGAAUGAGGAGGAUGAACAUUCAGUCAACUACAAGCCCCCGGCCCAGAAGAGCAUCCAGGAGAUCCAGGAGCUGGACAAGGACGAUGAGAGCCUUCGCAAGUACAAGGAGGCCCUAUUGGGCCGCGUGGCCGUCUCCGCUGACCCCAGCUGCCCCAACGUCAUCGUGACUCGUCUGACCCUAGUGUGCAGCACCGCCCCAGGCCCGCUGGAGCUGGACCUCACAGGUGACCUGGAGAGCUUCCGGAAACAGUCCUUCGUGCUCAAGGAGGGUGUGGAGUACCGGAUAAAAAUCUCCUUCCGGGUGAACAGGGAGAUCGUGUCGGGCAUGAAGUACAUCCAGCACACCUACCGGAAGGGCGUCAAGAUUGACAAGACCGACUACAUGGUGGGGAGCUACGGGCCCCGGGCAGAGGAGUACGAGUUCCUGACGCCCAUGGAGGAGGCCCCCAAGGGCAUGCUGGCGCGGGGCAGCUACAACAUCAAGUCCCGCUUCACAGAUGACGACAAGACGGAUCAUCUGUCCUGGGAGUGGAAUCUCACCAUCAAGAAGGAGUGGAAGGACUGAGGCCUGGCCGGGAGGCGGGCAGGGUAGAUGGACAGACGGAUGGACGGACGAACAUGCCCCUCCCCAUUUCCCUCCCCACCCCAGACCAAAGUGCUGACAGGGCCUCUCCUACCGCCGUCCCGGUCCAUCUCGGGAAGCUCCUCCACACACCUUCCCCUGCUCUCUGCCCACAGGCCCCUGUGGUCUCUAGUG